CGACGAUAAUGGGUUGCCGCGGGCGACGACACCCGGCGCGUCGUCUGGAGCGUCCAAACACGUUGGUGGCUGCGUCGUCGUGCAGAUGCAGAAGGCGGGAUGUGACAAUGCUAUCGGCGUAGAGUGUUUGGCGCGAGCAACCGUUUCUUGCGUGGGUCGUGUUAAACGAGAAACGCCUGGCAGUCGUGUGUGCAUUCCAACGUGAAAAUUGGAGCACCACGGAUGGCUUCACCGCCAGCGCAGUCGACCGUAUCGACCAGCGGCAGCUUGAGUGACUACGAGGAGAUUCGCCAGCUCGGGAGUGGCACAUACGGCGACAUCUUUUUGUGCAAUCGCAGACGCGACAACGAAAUUGUGUGUGUCAAGCAUAUCGACUUAAGCCACCUCACGACGGAACAAAAGGCGGCGUGCUGGAAUGAAGUGCGCGUGUGCGAGCGCCUCGUGCAUCCAAACAUUGUUGCGUACCACAGCGCGUUCUUGGACCGAAAAGGCGCACUGCUUGCGAUUGAAAUGGAGUUCUGCGAUGGGAAGGAUCUGGCCGAAUGGUUGUACGACCACCACCACCACGAUGGAGGCGACGAGGCGGUCGUGCUGCCAAUUUUUGUUCAGAUUGCGAUGGCGCUGCACCACAUGCAUAGCUGCCACGUGCUCCACCGGGACCUCAAGCCCAAGAACGUGUUUGUGUUUGAAAAUGGCCGGGUUGUGGUCGGCGACUUUGGUAUAUCCAAGUGCUUGGACUUGUCCAACGGCCUCGCGCAGACACUCGUCGGGUCACCGGCGUACAUGUGCCCUGAGAUCUUUGAAGGCAAGCCUUAUGACUUCAAGGCAGACAUUUGGGCCCUCGGGUGCAUUCUGUACGAACUGCUCACGGGCCGAUGUCCGUUCAAGGCGAGCUCGUACCCAGCGCUCGUGACGCGCAUCACGUCCGGCGCGUACGCUGCCUUACCACAAACGAUUCGACCGGCGCUCGGUCGUUUGGUGUCGGCCAUGUUGUCCCAAUGCCCCGACGACCGCCCCGCGAUUCAAGAAAUCUUGCAUUUCCCGGGCUUGCACCGCUACGUUGAGCACUAUGUCGAACGUGGUCACGAGUACUUUACCGUGGCAAGUCACGCCGAGAUCGCGAAGGCAGCUCUUCGCGCUCACCACAACGUUCUCGUCCGUCCCUCGGAAAGCGACUCGAUCUCGACUACCGAUACGGAUGUGAAAUUGCUCGUCAAAUCAAAGAAGAUCAUGACAACAGACUCGAACAUGGACGCCAAAGCCAUCGUUCAGCUUCGGGCAUUGCAAGCUGCACUACGAUACAAAGAGAAGCCAGGAGUGAAGACGGCGAUGGACUUACCUCGCUACGAUAUUCGAGUGAGUCCCAAAUGAACCAUUUUUAUCACCUCUUAGUCAACUACCACAGCUACAACAAUUCGACCCCAAAGUUGCUCCGCGGUCCAGCUUUCAGCUGCCGCCCCCGCCACCUCUAACGCAACCGCUCAAUUCACGCCCAUCGAUGAAAUUGGUAUCGGAUGACAGCCCCCCGAAAUUGUACCGCCACCGACUGACGACACCGCGAGGGGUGCCCCCUCCUCCGCCUCCAGUCGUGGGCAUCAUCCGUCCUCCUCCAUUGUCAAUGCAUGGACUGGCAAGGAACAAUCGACCAAAGGAGGCCAGUUUGGAAAUCGUGGGGACACAGGUCAAGUCCGCGCCGACAUUCCAACUACAACGGGUCUAGUCUGCUUCAGAGUGUUGAUAAGGGCAUGCGACCGGCUUUGACGCAAGGCCACAAAGUGCCCACAUAGUUCAUUCAUGCAAUAAGAGCUCCAGCAACAAGAUAUGCAUUGGGGACGCUGGCAUUCCAACCACUUGUUGUGUGGCGGUGCCACUGUGACCUUUCG